UUGAUUCUUGAGAUUAAGACUGCUAGUUCACGACGGUCGAACGAAGCAAUUCAAACGCCAUGACUGUUUUUAGGAUGAUUUUUCUUACGAAAUAGUCUUCUGUCGUGUUACGUAUUUUUGCGAAUCAAAAUACCAGACGGCACUUGAUGACAAUUUAAUGCCGUGAUUAUUGAAGUCGUUUCUAGUAUACCCUUACGUAUAGAUUUUUCUGCAAAAUACCCGGAUUUUUCUCACGGCCAGAUGUUUCAGGUUCGGUUUGGAAAAAGCAGCAAAUUCUAUAGUUUCUACUGAGGGUCAUCCCUAGGGGGUAGCAGGAGGUAGGGCUGAAAUGCCGGGAGUUUGCAAACGCUAGUCUACUUGGUAUACAACACAUUGAAGAUCUACAGUUGGCGAGUGUGGAUACGUUCGAUUGUUCGUGCGCGACAUGUACACCAGCGAAAUCAAUGAACGUGACUUCAACCAAAAUCGAAAACUGGAAUAACCUUCUUGCUUUAAAAGUUGUCUGAAUGUUCCUUGUGUGCACGCGAGCGUCUAAGCUUCUGUGUAGAAAAAAACUAAGUAUUGCCAGGUCAUGUCCGUAAUCAACCAUAUUUGGCUAUCAACUUUUCCUAUAACGUUGAAUAUCUGUGCUAGAUUUAUCCCUGUCCACGAGUCCGAAAUGCUCCCAAUAAAAAGAUUACAUGCUUGCUUGUUAUUGCUACAUGUUAAUACAGUGUGCAUCCCUAUAUUCUACAAUUGAAAACGACUAACAGCUUAUACGAUUCUGAUGGUUGAAUUCAUAAGGGAUCCCGAAACGAAGUGAGUUCAAAACCUAUUCACAUGCAUUGGCGCUUUAUCUUUAAUGGGAGGCACAAGGUGCAAGUAAUGUGUGGUAGAUCACAUAGCUGAGCUUUAACAAAACGUCGAAGAGAUUCUGUUGUUGUGUGGGGUUUUUCUGUGACUACUUCGUGGGUGGGCAUAAUAAUGAAUGAUAGCAAAUUCAAGAUGAGCGAUGCAACUUCCUUAUCAGUCAUCACUCGCGAAGAUGACGAACAUAGAUUUGUGGAGACCGCUUUCAAACAUGACCGUCGUGCUCUUUCGACGAAAACUGUUGACUCAAACGUGUAUCAAAACCAAAAACACACAUCGAGUGAACAACGUGUCUUCCCCUCAAGUGAGCAGAGUAUCUGCCGCCCAAGUCGAGAGCAACUGUUGCGGCCCAGUCCACGUGCCACCCCGCAGCUAAAUAAAGGAGAGCGUAGGCAAGUAAGCCAAAAACAGCUAUUGCAGUUAGGACAAAAGUGGUCUUCACGAUCCAGUAAGGAAGAAACAUCAACGCCAAGUGAACAAGAUGUUCCGCGACCAUCUGAAGACCACAUUGCAGGCCCCAGCUCGACUAAAGGAGAUUCGGGCGACGGUUCACCACCUACUUCUGAAUAUGAGCGGACCGUACUGGCAAAAGAAAUCAGCUUAAAGGGUCAUCAAGAGAGAACGAUGCGAGAAACUCGUGACAACUAUUUUAAGGAUGGGACCACAAAAAUUGAUUUUUUGCUGGUGUACGAGACUGACGAGGAGCAGGAACCAAUACUCGCUAUGAACUUGGACGAAUAUGCAGCUGAACUAGCGGCCCAAGGCGUAGAAGCAGACCCUGUUCUUAUUCGAAUGCUACGAGAGAAAGAAUGGCGUCGCGCUUUUGUAAACAAUCUGAGAACUGCUGGGGUGCUUAUCGAAAAGGAGGCCGUUCGAGUGGGAGGAAAACAAAGCACAAACAAAAUUCAUUUCAUCAAAUUGUCGGUACCCUGGGACCUACGCGUUAAAUAUGCCGAGUUACUUUGCUUCAGGACGCCUCUGCCGUUGAUGUCAAUCCCGAAAAAGGACCUAAGGUGGACAGGAUGGCAUUACUUCCGUUGGCUUGUCAAGUUUUGUGAAUUGGAUGUACCUAACACCCCGCGCAGGUGCUUCACGACCCACUUCAAGGUUGCCAACUUGGCGAACUGUAUGGGGGCGGUUGAUCAAGAGAAUUACUUUACGGUGGGCCAUCGUAUUCGAAUAGCUCAGGAAAUUCUCCGGAAAACCGAGUUCGGCGAUGAACGGAAGGGAUAUGUCGGCAUCGAUCGGCUCGUCGAAGAAGGGGCUUUUACCGCGGCGUUUCCUUUACAUGAGGGCUCCUAUCAGGCCCCGCGAGAUCAAAAACCAUGUAACUACACACGACGUCAAAUUUUGUACGAAUACUGGGCACGGUGGGGUCGUUGGUAUAAAUUUCAACCCCUUGACCAUAUUCGCGAGUAUUUCGGCGAAGGAAUCGCCCUUUACUUCGCCUGGUUAGGAUUUUACACGGUAUGGCUAUUACCAGCAUCCGUUCUAGGACUUCUUAUCUUUGUUUAUGGAAUGUUCAAUGUGGCGACCGAUCAUCCAACGUCGCAACUGUGUAAAAGUGGCAAUUUUUUUAAAAUGUGUCCUCGUUGUGACGAGAGUCUCGGCUGUACAUUCUGGUACCUCUCGGAAACUUGUUGGAUGACACACAUCACCUAUCUGUUCGAUCAUCCCGGCACUGCAUUCUAUGCUUGCUUUCUUUCAUUUUGGGCCGUCGCGUUUUUGAAGUACUGGAAACGCGAAUGUGCGCGCCUCGUGUACGAUUGGGAUUGUUUGAAUUAUGUUGAAGAUGAGGAACCGCCACGGCCGGAGUUCGCUAUACACGCUUAUGCCGAAAAACGGAAUCCGGUCACUCGACAAUUAGAACCAUCUUUUCCAUCUGAUAUCCGCAAACGUCGCAUGGUUACCGGCUACGUCAUUCUAUUGUUUAUGGCAUCGCUUGUAUUCGUUGCCAUGCUGGCAAUCAUCAUAUUCAGGAUAUUAAUUUCGAUCCCUCUAUAUCGUCAAGAACAAUUAAAAGGGCUCGCUCAUAUGAUAUCGUCAUGGAGCGGAGCAUUUAUCAAUGUCAUCUCCAUGGUCAUCCUGCAAACUGUCUAUGGAAAGCUGGCUCACAAGCUCACUCAAUGGGAGAUGCAUCGUACGCAGACGGAAUUUGAAAACAACCUAACUAUCAAGCUGUUCAUGUUUCAGUUCGUCAACUAUUAUUCGACGCUGUUCUAUAUAGCGUUCUUUAAAGGGCGUUUUGUUGGAUAUCCUGGAAGGUAUCGACUCUUGUUCGGUCUACGCAAUGAAGAAUGCUCGGGAAACGAUUGUUUAUCAGAGCUUGCUUGGGAACUCGCUGUAAUUAUGAUCACAAAACAGAUCAUCAACAAUACUACGGAAGUCUUCCUUCCCAUGUUACAGACGUGGAUAAAGAGUAGGAAAACCCAAGUGUAUGCACGAGGUCAAUUAACGCAGUGGGAAAUCGACUAUACACUUGUCCCGGAUAUUGGGCUUUUUAAGGAUUAUUUAGAAGUUGUCCUUCAAUUUGGCUUUAUCACUAUAUUCGUAGCUGCGUUUCCAUUGGCUCCACUCUUUGCUAUGAUUAACAACUGGACAGAAAUCAGAGUUGAUGCCCAAAAGUUACUUUGUCAAACCCGCCGCGUCGUACCCGAACGCGCGCAGAACAUCGGUAUAUGGUUAACUAUACUCGAGUUUAUUGCCUGCAUAGCCAUCAUUAGCAAUGCGUUCUUAAUCGCCUUUACCUCUGACUUCCUUACGCGAAUCCUGUAUCGCUACAGUUUCAGUAGGGGUCUCAGUGGAUACUUGAACUUCACACUCAGCGUUUCACCCCCGGGGACAGCUUCACAAACUUGCAUGUAUAAGGAUUUUCGGGAUUUGGAAGGGAACCUCACUCCUUUCUAUUGGCGACUGAUGGUUGCCCGACUCACAUUUGUGCUGGUUUUCGAGCAUGUGGUGUUUAUUAUUUGUCGGGUGAUUGAUGGAUUGGUACCCGACGUACCUCAUGAUAUUACAGUUCAGGUGCGACGUGAGCGUUAUCUAGCGAAACAGGCGCUUACAGACUCCAACUACUUAUUAGAGGUUGCUGCGAAAGACCCAGGUGGAAUUGUGGUAGAUGUCGAUUCGGAUGGUGGUCCACAAAAUGUCGUGUCACCUGCAUGAAGAAGAAAAUUCUUAAUGAUCAAUAGUCAAAGCACAGCCUAAUUUUUCAGGACACUAGACACCUUCAUAAACUGAACAGCUUGGAACGUCAUCCUGGAGGCAUCGCGCUCUUUCAAUCUCGACGAUUGGAUUGAGAAAAGUUUGGAUUUCCGCAGUUAUGCCACGAGUCCCUUAACUUAAUUGAUGAUUGAAUUAUGACCGUCUGGUCGCUGUGGAUCAGAAUCUCACGAACGGCAGCUCGGUGGAAGCGAUCAUUUAUCAACAUGUAUGUUUUGUAGAUAUGGGGCACUGCGAUUUCAAGUGUGCUGUCUAUACAAUAUUCUAAAAUAUAGAGUAUCAUCUGACGAGGGAUAGCCUAUUUCUGAAGGUAUCCAUAGAAGCGCAUUGUUCAUCGAAGCCAUAAGCACUGCUUGUUGGAGUAAAAACACAUCUUCCGGUUUUGGGGAAAGCUCUUACGAUCGGAGAGAAGCUACAAAGUUUUGAUCGUUGGCUGCUGAUUGAUGAACAGAUCGUAUAUUCUAUUCCAACACAAGCUUAGUAGACAAAGUUAAUAGGCAGUGAUCUCAUGGCCAUAAAAGAAGGGUUUCGUAUGUGACAAACGCCUGACCCUGACCUUCGCGACCGCAGUAUUCACCCGACAACGGGAUAAAGUCAAGAGCGUCCUCUGGAUGCAAUGGGAUGUAUUGCCAUGUCUGCUUUGCAUUUGGAUACAUCUGAAAAAAUCGUUCAUUAGUGAAUAGCAGAAGUUAAAAGUCUGAGAGACUGUUCAAACAACGCAUACGCAUUUUGCAUGACUAAUUUUUCCUUGUGAAUUUGUAAAUAUGUUAGCGACUGUAGGCUAGUUAAUAUAUAGCUGCGCGUGUACAAUCAAUAAUAAUAAUAAUUAUUAUUUAAAAAAAAUUAUAUUUACGUGCAUAAUAAUAGUGAUAAUAUUAUUCAUAACAGUAAUGCUAAAUUUGACAUACCUUUUACCUUUACAAAAGAUUACCUUGAGGUUCAUAGACAUCAUUUCCUGUGAAUUUGUUGGGUUAUUCCGCCGUUGUCAAUUUUAUUUGUCCUACGUCGAAGAUCUACCGUUAUGCAUGAUAUAAACAUAAAUGUCCAUAUUUGUAUUAUAGAUUGAUUUAUAAAUGAACCUAUCAACAUAGCUGUUCGAGCAUUCGCUCAUCAAGUUUAUAUAUAUUGUUCUGGCAGAUUAAUUAUUUAAUUACUUUUAGCGUUUUACCAAUAAACCACCAGUUUGUUUUCUUUGCAAUAGAUUUUUGUAGAAAUUAUCGA